GUUCCUCCCGACGUUCCCCGAGAAUCCUGGUCGCCUGAAGGCCCUCAAGCUGCGAGGCUCUCGUCAGGAUGGUCUGGUCCCUGCUCUGUGUUACUGCCUGGGUCGCCUGUGUGGCUGGGACUGGGGCUUCCCCUACAUCUGUGAACGGAGCUCAGGGAGGCUCGGUCUCCUUACCUGCUGAGAUCCCGGCUGGACCAGACAUUGCUGAGGUUGUGUGGAGACUGUUAUCACCCAGAAAGAAGCUAGUGACAUAUUCAAACAAGAACAUUGACUAUUACGGACCUGAGGAAUACAAGCAAAGGAUAACUUUUCAUCCCGGGAACUUCAGUCUGGAAAUCCGUGAUCUACAGAAACAGGACGCUGGUGAUUAUGAGCUGACCGUUACAGCACGUUCAGGAGCACAGACUCAGAGAGUAAAGCGACUGCAGGUUGAUGACCCAGUGGGGACUGUGAAAGGAGCUUGGGGACAGAGGGUCUCCUUACCUGCUGGGAUCACAUCCGGGCUGGACAUUUCUCAUUUGGUGUGGAGAUCAGUUGGAACCAGAAUAACAGAAUAUGCAAAUAGCACCAUUUUCUACUUUGGUCCUGAGGAGUACAAGCGACGGAUAACUCUUCAUCCCGGGAACUUCAGUCUGGAAAUCAGUGAUCUACGGAGAGAGGACGCUAAAGAUUAUGAGGUGACUGUUACAGCAAGUUCAGGAGCACAGACUCGGAAGGGAAUGCGACUGGAGGUGUUCGACUGGGCGAGGACUGUGAAAGGAACUCGGGGAAUGAAGGUCUUCUUACCUGUUGGGAUCACACCUUGGCAGGGUGUUUCUCAGGUGGUAUGGAGAUCAAACGAAAGCAGAAUAGCAGAGAGUGUAAGUGGCAACAUUUCCUACUUCGGUCCUGAGGAGUACAAGCGACGGAUAACUCUUCAUCCCGAGAACUUCAGCCUGGAAAUCCGUGAUCUGCGGAGAGAGGAUGCCGGUGAUUAUGAGGUGUAUAUUGCUGUAGGUUCUGGAGCUGAAUCUAAGGCGACAGUGCGACUGGAGGUGGACGAUUCCGAUGAUAGAUCAUCACACAUUGCUUGGAUCAUUCCCGUCGUCGUGAUACUCAUUCUUCUGUGUUGCGGUAUAUUCUACAUAAAGCGGCAUGAUCUUCGCUCAUGCUGGGACAAAUGUAUGGGAAAGUAAUCUGGUACAUCUGACGAGCCAGCAGUUACUCAAUCUUUGAACAGUCGAUCUGGUGGAGAACACAGCUCAUAGACACUCACUCCGUCGGGAUAGUGUGUGUUCGAUACUGGGGAACGGUGCCCACUCAUGGCACAGACUGAGAGCAUCGGAGCAUCCCACUCGCACCACUGUCCCUGUUCCACAAUCCCGGUGAGGGGGGAGCCCUUUAAACACCCGAGGGUUCUGCAGUGACCUCUGGUGACCCCACCCCUGGAUCUGGUCAGUCUCCCAGGCUGAGGUUUAUAACUGAACCUGUGCUGUGCUCUGUGUUACUGACGGGAUCUCCAGUGAUCUUCCUACAGCCUUUCCUGGGAUAUCCACCCAGUUCUCAUGCCCCAUUUAUCCGCUAACAUCCUGGAGGAAAUUUCUGAAAUUGAAAUCAACCAAAGUGCCCAUGGGAAAUCCAGAGAGACCCGCACCCAGGAGGUCUGACUUGGUGAAGAGUCCUGGGGCUAUUCUCCUCACACUCCAGGGCUGGAGAAGGGUUACAUAUUGCAAAUAGUUUAUUGAUGAUAUUUUAUGUUCUCGGUCAAAAUGAACCAGUUAAGGUUUCACCAGAGAAAUCACAGUCUGAGAGCCUAUUGAUGGGUGUUUCAGGCAGUGGGCACAUUACUCAGCUGUGCACUGUCAAACAUCGAGUGUCUCAGGCAGCGUCUGUGGAGAGAGACAAAGAGUUAAUGUUUCAGUUUCCACACCCUUUGUCUACAUCUUUCUGCUCUAAAUAUGUAAAUGUACGAUUACAUUAAAGAACCAUUCUCAAACCAGUCUUUGGGGUACUGCAAGUCUGUCUUUACUAAUGCUUUGCUGCACA